GGGGCCCCCAAGAUGGCGCCCGAAACCCGGAAGUGAGCGCGGCUGAGGCGAAGCUCGGAGAGACGGAGGCGCCGCGGGCUCCGCGCCCGGCCGGACCCAGGACGGAGGUCAUGAUGCCGCCGCCCAGGAGCAAGAAGCCCAGAUAGACGCCUCGGCGGCCUGGGUCGUGGAGCCGCCCGAUGCUGGCAGUGGGGCCCGCCAUGGACGGCGAGUUUCCUCAGCACGAACCCCCGCCGGCGGGCGGCAUCCUGUACAGCCCGCCGCCGCUGCAGACCCCGCUGUGCGGGUCCGGCGUCCAGAACACCAUGCUGCACUACCCGUGGUGGAGCUCCUUCUCGCCCACGCCGUACCCAGCCUUCUCCAGCGAAAGCCACCAGUUCAUGAACUCCACCUCCUUCAUCGUCAGCCAGCCCUGCGCGGACACCAGCUGCGGACCUUCCGCCGCCACCCCCAGCUUCCUGCCAAAGACAGGCGACUUUCCUCAGGACUCCACGUACCUCGACGACCUCUCCAACGCCUCCAUCUUCUCCUCGUCCGUGGACUCCCUCUCAGACAUCGCGGACACGCCUGACUUCCUGCCGGCUGACAGCCUCAGCCAGGUGCCCACCAUCUGGGAUGUGAGCACUGGCCCCUCCGCCCAGGACAAGCCCGGGAAACGCACGGACCGGGGCGGGACCUUCUGUGAAAGGUCCUGUGGCGGUCAGGCACCAACCUCGCUGCCUCCCCUGGCUCGGCGCCCACACUCUGCCCUGCUGGGGACCUUCCCCAGGAGGCAGCGUCCACGGCCCAGACGCAGAAGAGCCGGGCCUGGGAAGUCUGGGGCCCGGCAUGGGGCCAGCAGAGGGACGGGAAGUGCCCGAGGCAGCCUGGCGCGGUCCCUGCCCUUGACAGCCAUGGUGGCGACCCCGGCCCCCUCCUGCGUCCGGGCCGAAGGCCCUCCGAGCGGCCCACUGCUCCCGGUGGAGAACGUGGGCUUCAUGCCCCCAUGGCUGAUGGACCCCCCGCCCAGGCACAGCUUUGCCUGUCAGGUUCUUGGUUCCCUUGGACCAGACUCAGGUGCUCAGUCUCUGCCGGGUGUGACUGCGGUUGGGGACGUGGGACGUGUCCUUGCUCUGUUUAUCUGUGUGAUGGGAAUUCUAGCCUGUUGCUCAAACGAACCAGCUGGCGGGCAGCAGGGAGGGGGCAGGAAGACCACGUGGUGCCCCCCCCCCCCGGCCGGAGACCGGGUCAGGGGGCUCGGGGAGGCGCUUCCCCCCCCCACGUCUUGUCUGCAGGCUCAUGUCCACUGUCCCCUCCAGCUGCUCCUGCCCCGCGGGCCGUGGACGGGCGUCGAGGACCCCGUGUCCUCUCUCUCCAGCACCCCGCUCCUCGUCAGCUACCAGUCUCAAAGUCAGCCUGAGGAGGAGGAGGAGGCAGAGGAGGAGGAGGGGGACGAGCUGGGCCACGCAGAGACCUACGCCGACUACGUGCCCUCCAAAUCCAAGAUCGGGAAGCAGCACCCUGACCGCGUGGUGGAGACUAGCACACUGUCCAGUGUCCCACCGCCAGACAUCACCUACACCCUCGCCCUGCCCGCCUCGGACAGCGGGGCCCUGUCUGCCCUGCAGCUGGAGGCCAUCACCUACGCCUGCCAGCAACACGAGGUCCUGCUCCCCAGCGGGCAGCGGGCCGGCUUCCUCAUUGGCGACGGUGCGGGCGUCGGCAAGGGGCGCACGGUGGCUGGCAUCAUCCUGGAGAAUUUCCUGCGGGGCCGGAAGAAGUCACUGUGGUUCAGCGUCUCCAACGAUCUCAAGUAUGACGCGGAGCGCGACCUUCGGGACAUCGACGCCCCCGGCAUCGCGGUGCACGCGCUGAGCAAGAUCAAGUACGGCGACAACACUACCUCAGAGGGCGUCCUCUUUGCCACCUACUCCGCCCUGAUCGGGGAGAGCCAGGCCGGCGGGCAGCACCGCACGCGCAUCCGCCAGAUCUUGGAGUGGUGCGGGGAGACCUUCGACGGAGUCAUCGUGUUCGACGAGUGUCACAAAGCCAAGAAUGCCAGCUCCACGAAGAUGGGCAAGGCUGUCCUGGAUCUGCAGAACAAGCUGCCCCUGGCCAGGGUGGUCUACGCCAGCGCCACAGGUGCCUCUGAGCCCCGGAACAUGAUCUACAUGAGCCGCCUGGGCAUCUGGGGGGACGGCACGCCCUUCCGAACCUUCGAGGAGUUUCUGCAUGCCAUCGAGAAGAGGGGCGUGGGCGCCAUGGAGAUCGUGGCCAUGGACAUGAAAGUCAGCGGCAUGUACAUCGCACGCCAGCUCAGCUUCUCCGGCGUCACCUUCCGCAUCGAGGAGAUCCCGCUGGCCCCAGCCUUCGAGCGCGUCUACAACCGCGCGGCCCUGCUGUGGGCCGAGGCCCUGGGCGUGUUCCAGCAGGCCGCCGACUGGAUUGGCCUGGAGUCCCGCAAGUCCCUGUGGGGCCAGUUCUGGUCGGCCCACCAGCGCUUCUUCAAGUAUCUCUGUGUGGCCGCCAAAGUGCACCGGCUGGUGGAGCUGGCCCGGGAGGAGCUGGCCCGGGACAAGUGUGUGGUCAUCGGGCUGCAGUCCACGGGUGAGGCUCGGACCCGGGAGGUGCUGGACCAGAAGGACGGGCAGCUCGAUUGCUUUGUCUCCGCCGCUGAGGGUGUCUUUUUGUCACUAAUUCAGAAGCACUUUCCUUCAACCAAAAGAAAGCGAGAGAGAGGAGUCGGCAGUAAGAGAAAACGGCGGCCACGGGGCCGUGGGGCCAAGGCGCCCAGGCUGGUGUGCGAGGUGGCAGGCGUGAUCCGGAUCAGUGACGACAGCAGCACCGAGUCAGAUGCCGGCCUGGACAGUGACUUCCACUCCUCCCCUGAGUCCGUGCUGGAUGACGACGUAGUCAUUCUGGACGCCAUCGGGCUGCCGGCCGAUGACCGCGGGCCCCUGUGCCCCCUGCAGCGAGACCCACACGGCCCCGGUGUCCUGGAGCGUGUGGAGCGGCUAAGGCAGGACCUCCUGGCCAAGGUGCGGGCGCUGGGCCGGGAGCUGCCCGUCAACACUCUGGACGAGCUCAUCGACCAGCUUGGGGGCCCCGAGCACGUGGCUGAGAUGACUGGCAGGAAGGGCCGUGUGGUGUCCAGGCCCGACGGGACAGUGGCCUUUGAGUCUCGGGCAGAGCAAGGCCUCUCCAUCGACCACGUGAACCUCAGGGAGAAGGAGCGCUUCAUGAGUGGGGAGAAGCUCGUGGCCAUCAUCUCCGAGGCCUCCAGCUCUGGCAUCUCCCUCCAAGCGGACCGCCGCGUCCAGAACCAGCGACGCCGGGUGCACAUGACACUGGAGCUGCCCUGGAGCGCGGACCGGGCCAUCCAGCAGUUCGGCCGGACCCACAGGUCCAACCAGGUCUCUGCCCCCGAGUACGUCUUCCUCAUCUCCGCGCUGGCCGGGGAGCGAAGGUUCGCCUCCAUCGUCGCCAAGCGGCUGGAGAGCCUGGGGGCUCUGACCCAUGGGGACCGCCGCGCCACUGAGUCCCGUGACCUGAGCAAGUACAACUUUGAGAACAAGUACGGCGCCCGGGCCCUCAGCUGCGUCCUCACCACCAUCCUGAGCCAGACUGAGAACAAGGUGCCGCUGCCCCAGGGCUACCCCGGAGGAGAUGCCGCCUUUUUCCGGGAUAUGAAGCAGGGCCUGCUGUCGGUUGGCAUUGGUGGGCGUGAGUCCCGGUCUGGCUGUCUGGAUGUGGAGAAGGACUGUUCCAUCACCAAGUUCCUGAACCGCAUCCUGGGGCUAGAGGUGCACAAGCAGAACGCGCUGUUCCAGUAUUUCUCCGACACCUUCGACCACCUCAUCGAUGUGGACAAGAAGGAGGGCAAAUACGACAUGGGCAUCCUGGACCUGGCUCCAGGCGUCGAUGAGAUCUAUGAGGAGAGCCAGCAGGUGUUCCUUGCCCCUGGGCACCCACAGGAUGGGCAGGUGGUCUUCUAUAAGAUCAGCGUGGACCGCGGCCUGAAAUGGGACGAGGCUUACGCCAAGUCCCUGGAGCUGACGGGCCCCCACGACGGCUUCUACCUCUCCUACAAGGUCCGGGACAACAAGCCCAGCUGCCUCCUGGCGGAGCAGAACCGCGGCAAGCACUUCACGGUGUACAAGCCUAACGUGGGCCGGCAGAGCCAGCUGGAGACCUUCGACAGCCUGUGCCGGAAGUUCCACUGGGUGACAGCGGAGGAGGCCAGGGAGCACUGGGAGAACAGCUACGCCUUCUCGCUGACGCACUGCAGCCACACCGCAUGGAACCGGCACUGCCGGCUGGUGCAGGAGGGCAAGGACUGCGUGCAGGGCCUGCGGCUGCGGCACCACUACAUGCUGUGCGGGGCCCUGCUGCGCGUGUGGGGCCGCAUCGCCGCCGUCAUGGCCGACGUCACCAGCAGCAGCUACCUGCAGAUCGUGCGCCUCAAGACCAAGGACCAGAAGAAGCAAGUCGGCAUCAAGAUCCCCGAGGGCUGCGUGCGCCGCGUGCUGCAGGAGCUACAGCUCAUGGACGACGACGUCAAGCGCAAGCACGCGCGGGGCCGGGGCCUCCCCGCGCCACCGCCGCCGCCCGCCCUGCGCCCACUCGAGCUGCCUUGCGGCCCCGGCGAGGUCCUGGACCUCACCUACAGCCCGCCGGCCCAGGCCUUCCCGCAGCCCCCGCCCUUUGCCUUCCCGCCCCCCGACCCCGUGCCGGUCCCCGGCGGCCUGCCCCUGGGCGCCCCGGACUCCGCAGCCGACGCCGCCGCCGCGGCCUUGGCACACCAGCGCCGUGACAUCAACUUCAAGGAGGUGCUGGAGGACAUGCUGCGCUCCUUCAACGCCGGGCCUGGCGCCGGGGCGGCCGGAGCGCCCGCGGGGAGCGGGGGGCCCGAGCGGCAGAGCGUCAUCCAGUUCGGGCCCCCCUUUCCCAGCUCGUAGGCCCGGCAAGCGGCCCACA